AUGCGAUGUACAUCACAAGAGCGAGUUCCUCUGGUCAUUUUUCUUCUUCAGGGCGAGGCCCAAAACUGGUGGCCUUCUAUUUCCAGAUCAGUUGAGAGAGAUUUUGUGUGGACCUGGAAGGACUUCGUGGAUAAUUUCAACCAGAAGUUCUUCCCUGAGCAUGUUUGGGAGCAGAGAGCGCUAGAGUUCAAGACCCUUGUUCAGGGUGAUAUAACCAUGUCUCAGUAUGAGGCACGUUUUGUUGCUUUGUCCAGAUUCGCCACCUAUCUUGUUGAUGACGAGAGGGGGAAGGCCUGCCGUUUUGUGAACAGCUUGCAUCCCGCUCUCAGGAGUAGAGUGGUUGGGCAUCUUCUUACUACAUUUGCUGAGGUUGUACAUAGGGCCCUAGUGUAUGAGGAAGAUUGGGCUACCUAUCAGAGGUCCCGAGAUCAGGGUGGAGACCGAAAGAGGAAGACGCAUUCCGGAGAUUCCAGGUUUGUCACCGCGCCGAUAGAUAGAGUUUCAGAUAGAUCUGGUGCUCGGUACCGCGCUUAUCUCGGAGGCCCCAUAUUGGAUGACACUAAUGUGGUUGUGGGAGCUAUAGGGGCGAUUGGAUGA